AUGAAAGUGUUUAAAAUCUUAUUCACAUUAAAUAAACAAGUAAAUUAUGGAGAGGGUGUGUUUAUUGCGUUUAAUUUUACAAAUUGGGAUUUAAGAGAGGCUAUUAGGAUGGAAUGUUAAAAAGUAUUAUUAAAUUUCAUAUAUAUUAAUAGAAUGAUUAUUGGACUAAGGAAAUUGAAAUCCCUUGCUUAUAUUUCGAAUAUAAGUAUGUAAUUGGAUAGUAUGAAAACAUAUUAGAGAAUAGAAUUACUUGGGAGAAAGGGCCUAAUAGGUCAUCAGAAAAUUUGAAAUUAUUGGAAAUGUGUUAGAGUAAAAUUCAUUUUAAAGAUGUUUGGGAGAAAAGAGCUUUGAUAUUCUACUUAAUAGACAGAAAGUAGAAAAUAAAGAGUGGAAACAAUCAUAAACAUGAUAUUUUAUUAUUUGGAUAGGUGAAGGCUUUGAAUUCACCAGUUAAAUUUACUGAUUGUUUAUUAAACUAAAAAAGAUAAUUAUACUUUCUUAAUUUAUAACUUGAAAUAGAGGAAGUUACCAAUCCAAUUGAAGUCUAAAUUUAUAUGCAUGCUUAAAUUAAAGAAAGUAUAUGUCAUUGUAAAUUUUAGGAUUGAUAGAAAUAAUCUCAAAAAGUGUUAAACUUAAUUAUAGAAAUUAACCCAUAAAUAUAUGUGAAGACAUAUUACCAGAAUCUAAAUGUUGCCUUCUCAAAUGA